UCGCGAAAGAGAAACAGCGUAGCAAAACAAAAUGUAAUUGGCUGGCCAAGUUCACUAAGUCAACGCAAGAAAAAAGUGAAUUAAAUGCAUAAUAAUACGCAUAAUAGCAGCGCCAAUAAAAGGCAGCUACGUUUUCGCGCUCCUGACGUCAGCGCGAGCAACAUCCGUAUCGAAGAGCUGCAAAACGAUGAAAUACACAAACUGUCAAAAGCAAAACAGCAAACAAAUCCAGAUGACGUCGGCGCUUCUGCAGUUUCAGCUGCAGCAGCGGCUCAGCAGCGCCUGCAUAACGCCGGCUCGGAGACAAGCACAUUUUAUGACUUCUUCAAAGUGGAAAUGACACGCGGCUAUAUGCUGGAGCACGACGAGGAGCGCUACUCGGCCCGUCGCCAGAAGAUAUACAGCUUUAUGCGCAUACCCCGCGAUCUGGAGCGCUUUAUGGUCUAUGGCAUAAUGCAGUGUGCCGACUCCUUUCUCUAUAUACACACAUUUUUGCCGGUACGAUUCCUCUUGGCCGUCUGGUCACUCCUCACGCGCACUGUGGCACGCAUCUGUCGACUCCGCAGCGGCAAUCAGCGUCUGUUGUCGCCGGCAGAGAUUUGUGAUCUGCUCAAGGGUGCCAUUUGGAUAUCGGUGACGUUGAUCAUGCUGCUGGUGGAUACGAAUCGCGUUUAUCACAUCAUCAAAUCUCAAUCGAUCAUCAAGCUGUAUAUAUUUUAUAAUAUGCUCGAAGUGGGGGAUCGUCUGCUCUCGGCCUUUGGCCAGGACACCAUUGAUGCUCUGUUCUGGACGGCCACAGAGCCGAAGCACUCCAAGCGCGAACAUUUCGGCGUUCUCACGCACAUUCUCUUUACGCUCAUCUAUGUCUUUCUGCACAGCGGACUCAUCAUGUUUCAGGCCACCUGUCUAAAUGUUGCCGUCAAUUCCAAUAAUAAGGGCCUGCUCACCAUAAUGAUAUCGAACAAUUUUGUUGAGCUUAAGGGAUCCGUGUUUAAGAAGUUCGACAAGAACAAUCUGUUUCAGUUGACCUGUAGCGAUGUGCGGGAACGCUUCCAUUUGUCUGUGCUGUUGUUCAUUGUAAUGAUACAGACUAUGAAGGAAUUCGAUUGGAGCAUUACCCAAUUUUGUGUCAUGUUGCCCGAUUGCUUUGCGGUGCUGUUUACCGAAAUCCUCAUCGAUUGGGUGAAACAUGCGUUUAUAACAAGAUUUAAUGAGUUGCCAGAGAGCAUCUAUCGCGAGUAUACAACAAGUUUGGCCUACGACAUGACGCAGACGCGUCAGAAGCAUGCAUUUUCUGAUCACUCGGAUCUGGUUGCACGACGCAUGGGCUUUAUACCGUUUCCGCUGUCCGUGGUGCUCAUCAAGGCGAUCUACACGGCUGUCUCAUUUCACAAUUUAGCUGCCUGGCUGCUGUUUUUGUUGGCCUACUUGUUUGCGUUGGGUCUGCGCAUCUGUUUAACGGUUUGUGCGCUGGGCAAGGCAUGCAAACUGAUGAAGGAGCAUCAGACGGAGAGGAACAGCUCCACGCCCAGCAGCAUGACCAAUAUGCCCUUCAUUGCAACAAACACCACAAAUGCUCAAGCUGUAAACACAAAUAAUAAUAACAAUAACAAUAACAAUAUUAACAGCACCAGCAUCACCAGCAACAGCAGCAGCGGCAAUGUUGUAUUUAAGCCCUUAAAUGUCACAAUCGCAGCCACGCAGCUGGAUCAAAGUUUGAAUUUCUCACGGAUCAGUGUCGCGACGACGUCGACGCCCAAGAAGGCAGCCAGUGAACACGAGCUGGAUGUGACAAACUCGCUUGAACUGGGGGCCACAGCACUCUUCUCCAAUAGCGAUGUGGAUCUGGACGAUGUGUGCCUCAACGAGCAGGUGACGAAUGUGAAUGCCACAGGCAAUGCUCAAGAUGUAUAUCAGGAUGAGGAGCUGGCACGCAGCGAGCCAGAUCUGAUGGCCGGCUUUGAGGCCAGCGCCAGUGCACAGAAGGAGCGAACCAAGCGAUUGCCCAAACGCACCCAUAAACGUUCCGAAUCCGAGCCGUUUGUUUCCAUUGCGCCGAACGGUGCAACGUAGCUGAAACUACAAUUUCAAUUUUCUUUACUCUACUUUCUUUUUACCUUCUUGCUUCUGGCUAUCGUGUAAAUUGCUUGCGUCCGCUGGGGUCUUAGAAUCCUCCCCUGGGUAGAUAAUUAUGUAAUGUGUAGACCUAAGUGAAAUGGAUUUUGAUGUAUAUGUAUUGCAUUAGUUUAGGAAUUGCCCGAAUAAACUUGAUUUUUAUAUAUAUCCUGAUACUUUA